UAGUGCAGAUUGUGUACAGUGCUGUAGCUUAUGAGCGACGGGGAGGACACUAGAGAGGACGACCGGAUCUUGCGAUCGGCAAGGCGCCCAGUUGCCCAUUUGGCAUUAGGUCGAGAGGGUGACAGAUAUCUGUUUCACCAGCGUACGGAGAGGCAGCAGCAGCAGAGAGCCAGGGCUGAAGAGGCAAGCAGAGCAUUCGUAAGUGAAGCCGCAGCUUCAGCAACCAUGGCCACUUCUGCGCAGCAGAGUUCCCAGGCUAGUAGUUCAGGAUCUGUAGGGUCAACGGUCGCGCAGACCCUAAGUCACUCCACUAGCGUAAUGGCAAGUCAGCCAAUAGUGUUGACUUCCGAUGAGAUCGCCAUACAACAAGCAACAUUGCAGGAGGCACAGCUACAGAAGGCUUUAGGAGAGAUAAAAGCGGAGAAGGAAAGGAUGAUUAGAAGAAGAGCCAAGAUGCAGCGGAGACAAGCGGACGUUAGUGAGUUAGAGGAGAUGGACCUGACGCACGUGACUGAUGAUGGGAGGACCAUACGGUCCGUCUUGCUAAAUGUAGUUGAAAUGCAGGACCAUCAGACAACCAUCCUUCAGGACAUUCAACAAAGUCUGGCCCUGUUGGCUGGGAGAGCGCAGGCAGCGCCAUCGAUGUCCGGGUCUGGUGCCUCACCCGUUGUACAGCCUCCUCCUUUUGUCCCACCGGUGACUGGGGUAUCCCCAUAUGUGGCCCCAUCAUCGGUCGCGAUCGUGUCCCUGGCAUGCCGCUAUCAGGAGGGCUCUCAGCAGGGACCGGGACAAACACAGUGGGUACCAAAGACGGCCAUCGUCGCUCCUAAACCCUUCACAGGGGAUAAGAGAGGCGAAGACCUCGACACUUGGUUGAGGGCGGUGUCGGUCUAUGUCAAGUGUAAACUCACCUUGCCACACGAGGAAGUGCUUGUGGCUGCAUCCUACCUAGAGGGUAGUGCAGCAAGAUGGUUGAGCAGUUUGGUACAGCUACAGGGAUACGGUCAUGACUUUCGCGCUUGGGCGGUCACCCAGCAAUUGGAUGACUUCCUCAAGUUGGUGGAAGAAAGGUGGCAUGAUCCUCAAGAGGCCCAAAACGCCACUGGUGUGAUCCUGACACUGCAUACGAGGCAGUUCAAGUCAGUAAGCGAGGCCACCGACGCUAUAGAGCGUCUGAUCUGUGUCCCUGGGGUGCGUUAUGACCCCCAGGUUCUACUCACCUCCUACCUGAGAUGCUUUCCUAUGCCUCUCAGGAAUCAGUUGGCAGGUGAGGCCAACAUCAAUGUUCACAACUUCCCCUCGUUUAGCAAGAAGGCCCUAGACCUUGAGGCGAAGAUAGGGCAUGGGCAGGCACCCACUACGGAUGGUAGGAAGAAGACACUGCCUCCCAACUGGAAGGCGAAAGGUCGCAUUAUGUUUGUCGAUAAAGAUGGUUCAACCAUCGAACUAUACGACAACUUCCAGGAAGGAGUAGGUUCAGAGGCUGGCAGCGUUGAAGCUUCAGGGGGUGGAGUUGUCGCUGCCGUAGCUCAGAAAGACGAGUGCGAGGCUGCUUUCAGACAUCUGAAGGAUGCGUUGACGCACUACGAGGUCUUGAAACUUCCCGAUCCUGACAAGCCAUUUGUAGUCACCACGGAUGCCAGCCAAUAUGGCAUUGGCGCCGUGCUUGCGCAGCAGGAGGGGCCAAAGUUGAGGCCUGUCGAGUACAUGUCCAAAAAGAUGUCGUCUCAGAAGUUGGCAAAGUCCACCAAUGAGAAGGAACUCUAUGCGGUGUACAAGGCUCUGACCCAUUGGAGGCACUAUCUCCUCGGGAGGCCUGGUGGCAGUUUGUCCAUGGACUUCAUGGAUACGCUGGUUACCAGCAAGAGUGGGAGGAGACACAUUUUCGUCAUUGUGGAUAGAUUUAGUAAGUAUGCUAGAUUAAUAGCCAUGCCCGAGACUGCGAAUACCGAGUACGUAAUCAGAUUGUUCAAAGAGAACUGGGUCAGGGAUUUUGGAUUGCCCAAAUCCAUAGUGAGCGACAGAGAUAUCCGCUUCACUAGCGAAAUGUGGAAGGCCGCUGCUGCAGAGCAGGGAACCCAAUUGCAGAUGACUUCUGGGAAUCACCCAAAGGCCAAUGGUCAGGCAGAGCAACUGAAUCGCGCUGUACAACACCUGUUGAGGCAUUACAUCAAGCCCAACCAGGUGGACUGGGAUGAGAAGCUUGCUCUCAUCGCCAGUCUGUACAACAACGCUGUACACAGCGCCACCGGGGUGAGCCCAAACAGUUUGCUAUUGACUUUCAAGCCUAGACUACCCUUAGACUUUCUCCUUCCUGAGAAUCAGUUAACUGCUGCACCAGGUACUUUAGAGUUUGCCUACAGGUUGGGGACAGAGUCAGUCCUCAGAACUGGGAAAGGAGUACGGGAUUUCCCACAACUCAUGCCACAGUACUUUGGGCCAUGGGAAGUCUUAGAUAUUGUUGGGACUGAUCCAGAUGGGCCAUCUUAUGUAAUCCGGAUCCCUGGUCAUCUCCGUACUUACCCUGCCUUUCACGCCUCCAAGCUUGCACCUUUCACAGAAACAGAUCAGUUUCCAUCUCGUCGCUCAAUGCUGCCCCCAACCAUGGAUGGAGAGGUGGAUAUCGAUGAUAUCGUGGACCACAGAGAGCUGCCAGUUCCAAGACCAACAGGCAGGGGACGUCCUCCGAAACCAAAGCUGCAGUACCGCGUUCGGUUCCGACAUCAUACUAAUCCUAAGGAGGACCGCUGGUUCACCAGGGAGGGACUUAUGCAAACCACUCCACAAGUUGUAGCCCACUAUGAGAAAUCUCUGCAGAAGGGAAAGCGCCCGAUGAUUGAAGACUGAACUUCUAAGAGGACUGUUGAAGCUAUGGAGGAGGGAAUGCGAGGACACAGCCUCUAUGAGCCCAUUUCAGG